AUGAAAAAUAUGGUUAUAUAAAUUCAAAACAAGAGUCGAGUUCAAAAAACCAACUGACGGAAUCACAAACUAUAAAAGACUGAUGUGAUUUUAGAUGUAAGGAAUACAAAUUGUUAAAUGCAAAGUAGCAGUAAAGGAUCGCGAUUCUCAAAAGUAAAACCCUAAAACUUGUUCUUGAUCUUGGUCUACGAACCUGGCAAUUAGUUUUCUUGAAAUAAACACUAUAUCACCUACAAUUUUGAUUCUUCCAUGGCAGAAUCGGAAUUACAAAGUGGGGUAGUUUCUGUUACUACAAGCAAAUCCGACUCCAAGACAGAGGCAUCUCCUGCAAGAACAUAUUUUCUACAUUACACUCAGCUAUUGCAUCAUCAAAAUAUGUUGCAGGAGUAUUUGAGGACAGGAUCCUAUCAUGCUGCCAUCAUGGAGAACUGUGUGGCUUUUGCUGGAAAAGUAGUGGUUGAUGUUGGAGCCGGUAGUGGUAUCCUCUCACUGUUUGCUGCUCGGGCUGGUGCAAAACAUGUGUAUGCUGUAGAAGCUUCUGAAAUGUCUGAAUAUGCACUUAAGCUUAUUGCUGGAAAUCCCUCUUUGUCUGAUCGAAUAACGGUUGUAAAAGGCAAGGUUGAAGAAGUGGAGCUGCCAGAGAAAGCUGAUAUUCUUAUUUCCGAGCCGAUGGGAACUUUAUUGGUUCAUGAAAUGAUGCUGAAAUCUUAUGUUAUUGCAAGGGACCGGUUUCUUGUUCCUAGUGGAAAAAUGUUUCCAAAAGUUGGAAGGAUACAUAUGGCACCAUUUAGUGACAAAACUCUGUUUGAGGAGAUUGCUAAUAAGGCACUCUUCUGGCGGCAGGAAAAUUAUUUUGGUGUGGAUUUGACCUCUCUGUAUGAAUCAGUAUGCCAGGGUUACUUCUCACAGCCUGUCGUAGAUACUUUUGACCCAAAGCUUCUUGUGGCACCCGCUAUAUGUCAUGUUUUAGAUUUAACUUCCAUUAAGGAGGAGCAAUUAUAUGAUAUUGAAAUUCCAUUAAAAUUUACAGCUAAAGUGGAUAAAAAAGUGCAUGGAUUAGCUUGUUGGUUUGAUGUUUUGUUUGAUGAAAGUUCGGUCCCAAGGUUGCUCAUCACUGCAACUGGUUAUCCGACUAUAUACUGGUUCAAAUUACGUUGUCUUCUUGCAAAACCUUUAUAUGUCAUGGCUGGACAAGAAAUUACAGGUCACCUGCACAUGGUUGCUCACGAUAAUCAGAGCUAUACCUUAUAUCUUGAAUUGUCAGCUGAAAUGUGUGGUGCUGGUGCUGAGCCACGAGGAACCCAUCAAACUUCUUAUGGAAGGAUAGAAUUGAAGGACCUCUAUUAUAGAAUGUCCCAACCGUACAUACAAACUCAGUCAAAUGCAGCAGCUCAAGAUCAGCAACCACAACAGCUUAUAGAGGAAAUGAAUCAAUUGAUCAUUUAGGAGCCGACUUUACUACAAGAAGACUUGGAAAACGCAGAUGUUCAUUAAAAUACAGCAGAAAUUGCUGAAGAUUCAACCCUCACAGAUUGUUGUUUAGCAUGUACAUAGAAAAAGGCAAGUGAGAAAAAAUUUCACGGCCAUAUUCAUCACUAGAAUCGUUUCUUCUUUUACAAUACUGUGGAAAGCUAUCAUUCAUGGCGUUGGCACACUCGAGCACCCUCUGCCCCCUUUUAACCAGACGUGCUCUGAUGAUGUUAACCCCUGUGAUAUUUUGAUAUUAAUUGUUAAUGAUUUAGAAUCUAAUUGUUGUAAAUAUUAGCUUAGAGCAGUCUUCAAUGGAAUCUUUGAUAAAGCAAUGUACCAGGUCUAGGUGUACACAUUACAUUACUUUACUUCCUACAGAGGUAGAGUGAAGUAUAGUAUGAUUGAAAAGUAAAUAAAUAAUGAUGCAGAUGGAGUU